CGUUUAUGCAUUGCCUCCGCGAGAGAACCUUCAGAGAAAUCUAAAAGAAAACUGGCAGCUGAAGAAGACGAUGGCCAGAAGAAACCUUGGAGGAGGAAGACUGCUGAGGGAACGAGCGGUGGUGAAAGGGCGGUCGCCGGUCGGUAGGCAGUACGACGAAGGGACAUCAUUUUGGCUCGAAUACGAGUGGAACGAUGACGGUGAGAUCGUGGAGAAGGAGCUCCCCAUUCAACUGCUCAUCGACCCCAGGAAGGUCUGCGACAUCUCGCCGUGGGAAAGAUAUUACAAUGACCGAAGUCUCACUCAGGAUGGUGUGGAGGACAUCAAGGGUGCGAUGCUAAGGCAGUUCCACGAGGAAAAGGGGAAGAUCUGGACGAAAAACCCUUUCAAAUUGGUUCUGGCACCCAUCUACAAGCCGGUGACGCAUAAGCCGAAGAGAGCUCAGAGGCUUCACAAGGAUGUCUUCAAGCCAGAGGACAAGGAUAAGUAUUUCUAUUACCAUGUUAAUGGACAACACACCGUGGCUGUUGUGAAGGAGUUGGCCGGUGAGCCAAUAUUCGAAUUGUGGAAAAUGCACUCGUGGCCGGCGAAAGUCGUGUGGUUCUCCGACGAAGACUUUGGGGGGUAUUUGCAGGCCAGUCUGACGGAGAACACAAGGCACAAGAUGUCUAAGCAGGGUGCGCAAAAGGCCGCUUUCGAGGACAUGCGGGAGACAUGGGAGAAUCAAGGAAGCACGGUGGCCAUUCAAGGGAACCCUUCCGGUAAGGAGGACGAAAAACAAACGUUUUUCGACUUUCAAAAACUGCUUUUGGGAAAGAGUCUGAACGACGCUCACUGGACGAUGGCACGUAAAGCGACAACGCUCGUCAACAAGGAUCACGUCGCUGCCAUUGGUAAUGCAUUGAGGCAAUGGAUGCCGCUCGUGAUGACAGGUGAUGAGGUUUUCCGCAAAGGCAUGGAGUUCUACGAUAAAUGGGCCGAGGAUAAGUUGUUGGGCGGAGACUGGAAAACGCCCUUGUCGAACCCGGGCAAAUACAUGCCAGACAAAUCUUCGAGUCUUCAAGCGAUUCCGGAAAUGGGCGCGAAAGGGGCGGCUGGUGAAACGAAGAUGGGAUGGCUGGUCCGGGUCCCGCCGCCGCCGAUCAAAAGGAAAACGCAAUCGGACGACAAGUUUGUCGUCGUCGUGAAGUUGCCAGACAUGUUCUGUUGGCAGUCUCUCGCUGAUAUGACCAAUGCCGAAAAAUUGUCGAUCCUCGACGACAUUCUUGCGCUGAGGGGAUUGCUCGUGCAAUCGGCGGGCGGACAUCUAAAACAUCAACAUAAGCCUGGAAUUAAAGAUAUGGUCGUGACGAGGAAAGUGGACCGCAUGAUGCUCCGCAUGUUUCACUGCAUCGUGUUCCUUGAAUCCGAGGAGGACGCAGAGGUUUGGCGGUAUGGGAGCCAGUUUUUUCGGACCGAGGAGCAGCUUCUGGCGGAGUUCGCGCCGCGAAGCCUCAGAAAACAGGUGUGGGUCGAACUGCAGAAGCAUUUCCAGGGCGAGGUGGAGUACGUGAACACUUGCAAACAUUGUCUUCCGUAGGAGAAGGAGUCCCUCGACGAAACGAAGAAAACGUACGAUGAUGACAGGUUCCUUAAAUCUUUCGAG